GAUGAUAUGUGCUUGGGCCGGAGCAUGCACACAUUUUUUUAACAUUUGGCACCUUGCAAACGCGACUGCCGAACGAUGCUCUUCUACGUACGUUGUCGAUUAUAGGGCUUUUAAGGCUGUCUCUCCCCACGGCUCGGCAGGCUAUCCACCAUCCUUGCCCUCCACAGACGAAAGAAAGAAAAAAAAAAGAGGUGAGGGUUACAUAUGCAAUGCCUAACAUCCUCCGGAGUAUACACUUUCCCCAAAGGCCAGGGGCAUGAUUAUUCCGUGUUGAAAAUGGUUGCCGCUUGAUGACAAGGCAAAAGUACUCCGUACGGAGUACGGAGUAUGGGAGAGUUUAAAAAGAAAAUUUUCCAAUCAGAAGACGGCCCCGGGGGCUGAGUUUCAACGGGCCUGAGAGCCAGAUACGAUCACACAGCCAAGACGAGCAUCUCCACCAAGCUGGCCCCUGGACGCGCAAUGUUUCCAGCGGGUGCUCAGUGUUCAUCGGUGAACCAGCUUUUUGGUUGGUGAUUUUUUUUUUUUUUUUUUUUUUUUUCUUUUUUUUUGUUUCCCUUUCCCGGGGGCAACAAAAGAGGAUGGGGAGAGAGAGACCUUGUGUUGUCCCUUUGCCCAAAGACCAGCCACCGAUAGUGUGUCGACGUAUUUUCCUCCUACACUCUGAGACCGGUGGCAAAAGUGCGGUACGGGGGGGGAGAGGGGGCGGGCGCAAAGUGCUUGGGUCCCUAGAGAGGGCGACUCCCAUGACAUCCAACCCCUUGAGCUUGGACUUGGGGGGUGGGUUGUGUUUGCACGACCCUGAUGGCGGCGGCGGCUGUCGAGUGGGUGCGUGCGAGGGAGUUGAGUUGAGCGUGAGCGUGAGUGUGAGUGUGUGUGUGGGAGUGUUGUGGGUUUGUGGGUUUGUGGGUGUGGAGACCGCCCCCCUUGCCGGCGCCCAGGGAACCUCAAACGGGGCCAACCCUCAAGCUGAAACACGCCGUCGUCGUCUCAAGCGCGGCCCACAUGCCGCCUGCUGGCCAGUGACGUCAAGCACUCCCUCUCUCCUUCCCUCCUUUUCUCCAUACUUGCUCCUUGUUUCCUUCCCAACCGCGCUUUCUCCCCCAAUCCAUAUCCGUCGCAACUACUCCGUACUCCGUACUAAAAAAAAAAAAAAAACAUCCACUAGAAACAAGAACUGUUCUGGAAGCGAAUGAAGAAGCUUCGAGAGAAAAAGAAAUGAGCUGCAUCAGCGGGUUAUAUUUAGAAGCGCGGGGCGGGGGCUUUUGUUUGUAUGGGAAUCUGGAAAGGAGAGGGGAAGGGGCAUUUUUUCUCAAGAUUCG